UGAAUUUUAAAAUGCAAAGCAAAUUUUUGUAAUCAAUUACAUAACAAUAUUUAUUAUCAUUAUAAUUGAAAAGAAAAAAAGGUCAACAGUUAGGUUGACUGAAUUCCAAAUUUAAUCGCCGACGGGAGCAGCCUUAUCGAGAAAACCUUAUUGCGGCCCGGAAAUUUCAUUGUAUCAAUGGCAGCCACGGUGGUGACGAUGAGGAUGAGGAUGAUACCGACGGUACGCGCCAUGGCUUCAUCUUCGCCUGAAUCACUCUUCGUCAAGAAAACCAUCGCCUCCCACCAGACCGUCAUCUUCUCCAAAUCCUAUUGCCCGUAUUGUGAAACGGCAAAAACUGUUUUCAAGGAUUUGAACAAAGUUCCUCAUGUUGUUGAGUUGGAUCAAAGGGAUGAUGGGAGUGCCAUUCAAGAUGCUUUAAGUGCACUUGUCGGAAGGCACACUGUACCUCAAGUGUUUAUAGAUGGAAAACACAUAGGUGGAUCAGAUGAUACCGUUGAAGCAUAUGAGAGCGGAGAAUUGGGUAAACUCCUGGGUAUUGAGGAAUAGGAUAAAGUGAUUCAUCUCUUCAAUUCUAAGCAGAUAUCUUUGCACAUACAGAUUGUAUUUUUGCUUGAAUCAACUGCUUAUUAAUUAUAUGGGAUAAAUUGACCACUACAUGAUAUUAUUUUGUCUUCAAAAUAGUUGUCCGUUGUUGGUCUGUUGGGUGCGGAUUAACAAAUCUACAUCCUUUUAGGAAUUAUUGAAUAUAAUUUUAAAGUAUUUUUGCAGUUUCUUCGCAUAUAAACUAUUAUCUACGUUGUGACAACAUCUACUUGUAAUUUCUCACUGUAGUUAAAGCUCCAAUCCAACUUUAGGGUCAAACCAUCCUGUACUGUUUGGGUCAAACUCACAUUUAUUAAGGAGCAGAAAUGGGACUCUGUUUGGUUGAUAGCA